UUUUCUUCUGGACAGAGAACCAGAUUUUAGAAUUUGUCACUUUUAAAUUGAUUUUAUUUCCUUAUGAACCUUUAAUUGUGAUUAAAUCUAAUUGAAUUUAUUUUAAUCGUGUCGAAAUCUAGAUGACCAAUAUGAUUAAAAGCGAUUCCAAUACUCAUGGGCCUUUGAUGCUCAUCACUGGAACUGACAGAUUUUAUAUCCAUCCAAUUGGUAAUGAUACCGAGCUAAUGGUUGUUGAUAGGAUCUCUCAUAAUGUAGGUCUUGAGACUAAUACUGGACAAUUAAAUGUCGAAGGGAUGUUUAGCCGACAGAUUCAAGGUAUUCUUGGGAUAGUUAAUCUUCUUGCUGGUCCUUAUUUGGUUGUUAUCACUCGAUCGGUUAAAAUUGGUGAAAUUUACAAUCAACCAGUUUAUCGGAUUGAAGAUACUGAUGUUAUCUCUUACACUCGUAAUACCCUCCAUUUAACUGAGGAACAGGUUAAUUAUAAUAAUUCUUACCUUAAUAUGGUUAAAUGUGUCCUCCAAACUCCGUAUUUUUAUUUCUCGUACUCUUACGAUCUCACCCAUUCUCUUCAACGAUUGUACAAUUUUGGACCAGAUUUCAUCAAAACCUCUUUGUUUGAAAGAGCUGAGCAAAAGUUUCUAUGGAAUCACCAUUUGAUGAAACCUCUUCUCAUUCAACCGGAGCUUUCUAAAUAUUGUUUACCCUUGAUGCAUGGAUUUAUCAAUAUAAGUUCGGUUGUUCUGAAUAGGAAAGUUUUCCAUUGGAUUGUUAUUUCACGACGAAGUAACCACAGAGCUGGAACUCGAUUAUUCUGUCGUGGUGCUGAUCUCCAGGGGAAUGUUGCUAAUUUCGUUGAAACGGAACAGAUCGUUGAAUGGGAAAACAAUCGUGGAAGUCAUGUUCAAAUUCGUGGCUCUAUACCAUUGGUAUGGCAACAAUAUCCAAACCUACGAUACAAACCUCAACCUGUAAUUGUUUCCAAUCAAAUGCAACAAGAAGUAAUCACAAAGCACAUUGAAAGUCUUCUUAUGACUUAUGGUAAAACCGUUUUAGUCAAUCUGAUCGAUUUAAAGGGAACCGAACUUGCCCUGGAGCGAAAUUUACGAGUUGCCUGUGAGAGUUUAAACAAUCCUAUGGUUCGAUAUGAGCAUUUUGAGUUCCAUCGGGAAUGUGGUAAAAUGCGAUGGGAUCGACUUAAUAUUCUAAUGGAACGAUUAUCCCAAGAGCAAAAAGAAUUCGGUUAUUUUCUCCUUCUCUCUGAUGGAACCGUUCAAUCUCAACAAGAAGGAAUUUUCCGUACCAAUUGUAUCGACAGUUUGGAUCGAACCAAUGUAGUCCAAAGUUUAAUCGCCAAGAAAAAUUUGGCUGAUCUUUUACUUCGCUUUGGAAUCAUCAGUCAUGGUGAUCGUAUCGAAGAUCAUACUACUCUUUACAGUUUAUUUCGAAAUGUUUGGGCUGAUAAUGCUGAUAUUUGUAGCAUUGAAUAUGCUGGAACGGGAGCUCUUAAAACUGAUUACACUCGAACUGGAAAACGAACUCAAGUGGGUCUAAUUCGUGAUGGAAUCAACUCUCUCAUCAGAUAUUAUAAGAAUAAUUUUACCGAUGGAUUCCGACAGGACGCUAUCGAUUUAUUUCUCGGGCGAUAUAUGAUCAAUGAAAACGAGGGUAAAUCUUCACCAAGUCCAUUGAAAGCGAGAAAAGAUUGGAAAUAUUUAGCAUUACCAUGUAUGUUCCUUGGGUCAACUGCUAUGUUUUUCUUUAGUCUAUUCAUUCCAACUGAACAUUCAACAAUCACCUUGAUGUACCUGCUAUUUUGGGCGACAAUGAUUGCUCUAAGUGCGACCGUAAUUGUUUUCUAUGGGACUGAGUUUGUUGACGUUCCGAGAUUAUGUCCAAUUAAACGAAACGAAGCAAACAAUUGACUAGAGAUUGCGUGACAAUUAACACCAAGGGUGGAAACGUAAUCAUCUUGAUCAAUGUGAAAAAGCAAAAGAUGAAACCAAAUGAUAAAAAUGAUUGAAUUGACAUUCAAAGUUAUAUAAUUUAUAUAAUAAAUUAUGUUCAUAAUUUAAAA